AUGGCCUAUGACAAAAAUAUUUUGUUGCCUGUUGGAAAACUUUUAAACUUAGAGGUCAAAAUUAAUAACAAGAUAUGUUUAUUAGAAUGUUUUGUAUUAGCAGGCGAUGGACCAGCAUUGAUAGGCAGACAAUGGCUGGCGGCAUUCGACUACUGGCCUUUGCAGUUACGUAACGGUAAAAAUAAUAUUUAUAAUUUAAAUAUUGAAAAUGUAGCAAAAGACUUAAGUAAAAAAUACACAAAAUUAUUUAGCAAUACACCGGGAGAAUAUAAUAGAAGCAAAACGAAACUGGUUUUAGAAAAAAAUGUCAAACCUAUUGCAAUGAAAUAUAGGCAUGUAGCGCACGCGUUAAGUCCACUCAUUGAAGAAGAAUUAGAAAGAUUAAUGAAAUUGGGAUACUUGGUGCCAGUGGAAGUAAGUGAAUGGGCAACACCAAUUGUACCAAUUUUCAAAGAUAACGGUAAAAUUCGCAUCUGUGGAGAUUUUAAAGUAACAAUAAAUAAGCAUUUAUUAAGUGAUAAAUAUGGGUUGCAUAUAAUAGACGACAUUUUUUUUAAAUUACAGGGUGGAAGCAAAUUCAAUGAAUUGGACUUAAAGCACGCAUACAUGCAAUUCCCGGUCGAUGAGGAAAGCUCCAAAUUACUUACCAUAGUUACAAAUAAGGGCAUGUUUAGAUAUAAUAAGUUAACCGAGGGCGUCGCUACAGCACCUCCGGAUUGUCAAAGGAAAAUGGAUGAAUGUUUGAGUAGUUUAGAUGGAGUAAUAGCGUAUAUUGACAACAUUUACGUCACUGGUAAAACGGAUGAGGAGCAUCGACGCAACUUGGAUUUAGUUUGUAAGAGACUACAAGACUGUAACCUAAGACUCAACUUGUCAAAAUGUUUUUUUAUGAAGGAUAAACUAGAAGUUUUAGGUUUUGUCGUAAAUAAAAACGGACUUCAUAAAGCAAAAUCCAAAGUUCAAGCAAUGGUAGAUGCUCCACAGCCGAGAAAUCAAAAAGAAUUAGAAUCAUUUUUAGGAUUAAUUAAUUUUUAUGCUAGGUUUUUAGAAAAUAGAUCACAUAGAUUAAGACCACUGUACGAAUUGUCACACAAAAACAAAUUUGUAUGGAACGCAGAAUGUGAUAGAGCGUUUACAUGGGUCAAAGAGGAGCUCAUUUCUCCAAGAGUAUUGGUCAACUAUGACCCAAAAGAAAAAGUGUACUAG